UCACUGGCCCACUUUUCCAAAACAAUUAAAAUAAAUCACCUAAAAAAAAUAAAAAUAAAUCAAAACCUAACUAAAAAAAACAAGUCAAAACCUUCCAAAAUGACAUUAAAUACUCCCACCACCUUUCUCCCGCAAAAUAAUAAAUUAGAAUCCAAUGCCAAACACACCGUAAUAACUUCCGCAGUUAUCAUUUUCUCUCUCCUCUUUUCAACAAAAUAUUUUCACUCCUCAGUCCAAACCUCCGAUGACUUUUUUCUGAUAUUAUUUAUUCUUUAGCCCCUCAACUUUGUUUUAUUUAUAACCAUGCCCUCCCGGCAACUUUCGCCGCCAUUACCGCCGCACCAGGCUAUCUCUCCUCACCUUAUCCCUGUUCUUGCCGUCGCCGGGGCCGGAGUUUUUUCUCUCAUCAUUGUUUUUUUCGUUCUUUAUCGGAAGCUUAAGCUUAGUCGCCGUACCGCACCUGUUGAUGAGGAUAGAGAAGCUCAUCGCCGUCGAGAAAGUUUGCCGGAGCUCCGGCGUUUUUCGUUCUCUCUGCUCCGUAAAUCCACCGCUUCUUUUUCUAUGUCUCAACGCCUCGGGCAAGGCGGGUUUGGUUCUGUCUACCGCGCCACCCUUCCUUCUACGGGAGAGAAUGUCGCUGUGAAGGUUAUGGAAACUUCUGGAACUAUUCAAGGCGAACGUGAGUUUCACAACGAACUUUCGCUUGCUAAUCGCGUUAUCUGCACUGUUGGAUCGCCGUACCUUGUUUCAGUCCUUGGUUACUCGUGCGGCGGAGGAAGGCGAAGCCGGAGCGGCGGCGGAGGUGGUGGAGGAGGAGAGAGAAAGCUUCUGGUUUACGAAUUAAUGGUGAAUGGAAGCUUGCAGGAGAAGCUAUUGGACAGUAAAUGUGUGGAGCUUUCGGUUUGGGAGAAGCGGUAUAAGGUAAUACUAGAUGUAGCUAGGGCACUGUAUUAUUUGCAUUAUGAUUGUGGACCAACUCCCGUUGUUCAUGGUGAUGUGAAACCUAGCAAUGUGUUGCUUGAUGAGGAAUUUAAUGCCAAACUGGGGGAUUUUGGGUUGGCUACGAUUUUGGAUGGAAUUGAGAAGGAGAGAGAUGAUGAAUUUAGGGUUUUGGUUCAGAUAGAUGAUGAUGAUGGUGAUUGUGAGGGUAAUGAUGAUAAUAAGGUGAAAUUGGAGGAAGAUAUUGGGUCAAUUGUCGAGGAGGAGGUGGAGACUGAGAGUGUGGUUACGACGGUGGAGCAGUCACCGACGACGGUGGGGAGUAAUUUGAUGACUUCGCCAUCGGAUGGGUUCGAGAGGGCGAGUAGUUUGCCGGAGAGUUGGGUGGAUAAGAUGAGUGUUGAGAGUGGGAAGAUAGGAGGGAAGAAGAAGAAUGGGGGUUCAGGAAGGGAUUAUUGGUGGUGGAAGCAGGAUAACGGUGGUGGUAAUGGGGGUGUUGGUGGGUCAGAAUCAGGGAGAGUGAAGGAUUAUGUGAUGGAGUGGAUUGGGAGUGAGAUAAAGAAGGAAAGGCCUAAAAGUUCUGAUUUGAUUGGAGGAGAGAGAACUGCUUCUGGUUUGACUUGUAAUGACGGUGGUGGUGAUAAAAUUGAGGGGAAGAAGGUAAAGAAGAAGAGGAUGGAUUGGUGGCGGGUUUCAAUGGAUGAGGAUAAGUUUAGGAGGAAGAGAGAAAAGAAUAGGAGGCCAAGGGAGUGGUGGAAGGAGGAGUUCUGUGAGGAGCUGACUAAGAAAAGUAAAUGCAAUAUCAAGAAGAAGAAGACAGGGGUGAAAUCGAGUGGCGGAGGUGAAUUGUGGUGGCAAAGGGAUGAAGAUUUUGUUGCCCCUGAGAGGAAGAAGAGAACGAAAAGUAGGGGUAGUUUAGGAAGCAUUGAUUGGUGGUUAGAUGGUUUAAGCGGUGAGCUUCGGGGUGGCCGGAGACAUAGUCAAGAUUGGGCGAGUGGGGAAAUACCCAAAAGUGGUGGGAUUAGUAGCACACCUAGUAUGAGAGGGACUGUAUGUUACAUUGCUCCUGAGUAUGGUGGUGGUGGUCAGAUAUCAGAAAAAUGUGAUGUAUAUAGUUUUGGUGUUUUGGUAUUGGUCAUCAUUUCAGGCCGUCGUCCAUUGCAAGUAUUGGCUUCUCCAAUGUCAGAAUUCGAGAGGGCGAAUUUGGUUUCCUGGGCAAGGCAGUUGGCUUACAAUGGCAAACUCUUGGACCUUGUAGACUCCUCAAUUCAGUCAUUGGAUAAAGAUCAAACUAUGCUAUGCAUCACAAUUGCACUCCUCUGUUUACAAAGAUCACCUUGUAAGCGGCCUAGCAUGAAAGACAUUGUAGAAAUGUUGACCGGGGAAGCCGAGCCACCCCAUUUGCCAUUCGAGUUCUCUCCAUCACCGCCUUCGAAUUUCCCCUUCAAGUCAAGGAAGAAGGCCCGGUGAGUUUUCACAUGUUUUUAGUAGUAGUAGUACUGUUUGAUUUUAAUCUAAUGUCUAGUAUCAUUUAGUUGACAAUAGAACAAACUGUUGCCUGUGUAUGACAUUUUUCGAUGUAGUCAUCUUCUGUAGAUAAUAAUGAAAGGAAAUUGAAUAAAGGGUGGAAAAUCUUCCUUAA